UAUGGAAGCAAAAAGUUGAUUUUCUUUUUUCGAUCCCCUGUACAGGUAAGAAUACGCUGUAGAUAAAUCAGUUGAUAAUCUUUGCUCAAGUGGUCUGUACUGCGGAUGUACUUACUGCACGGCGCACGUCACUGUAAGGCUCCGAGUGCGGUGACAUCGGUUUCGUCAAGCUCGCGGCCGUGGUUCCCGGUGCGGCGCCGCGGCGGCCCGCAGCAGUGCGUGUCAGCUGAUGGCCGCGCCGCGUGUCCGCCGCCGCGCCGGCGGCUCAGUCUGUCAGUGAGCGCGCAACCGACGCGACGUCGCUCGCGCAUCGUGCCCCGCGCGACCUCCUAGUGCAGUGUGUCCGCUGUGCGGCUCCAGUGCAGUGUGUGCCAGUCGGUGUGGUGAGCAGCAGCGCAGGCGCAGGCGGCCGCGGGACACCGCACCGCGAGGCCGGUCCUCGUCCACCAGGCACCUCACAGGGAGGCGUGCUAGCGUGAAUCGCUGCAGGGCAGCGACGCAGCGGGCGGCAUGGUGAGCGUAGGCAGCGAGCGCGCAUGAAGAAGUUCGUGCGAACGCGCGGCGCGCAGUCGCCGCAACGCCUGCCCAACGGACAUGCGCCCGCGCACACCAACGGACACGCCAAUGGCACGGGCGGCGCGGCGCUCGCAAGGCACCGGGACGACCAGCACUCCACGCUCUCCAGACACUGGAGCGGGUCGGAGGGCUCCGGCAAGGGCGGCGGCGGCGGCGGCGGCGGCGGCGGCGGCGGCAGCAGUAAAGGAUCCAGGGCGCAGCCGCUGUGGGAGGACCCGGAGUUCCCGGCCACGUGGCGCGCGCUCGGCGACCGGCGCCGCGCCGCCGGCGUCGUCUGGAAGCGCCCGCACGAGCUGUGCCCGAGGCCCACCUUCCUCGGCGACGAGAGCGUGGAGCGCGCGCCCGACGACCCCGACGUCACGGCCGCACACUUCGACGAGGAGUUCGCGGCUCGGUGGCGCGUGGCGGACGGCGCGGCGGGCUCGGGCGAGGCGGCGGACGCGGCGCUGCGCGGCGCGGCGGCCGCGCUGGCGCUCACGCCGCGGCUGCUGGCGCGCGUCGCGCCGCCGCACUCCUUCCGCGCGCGCUACUCCGGCGCCUUCAGGUUCAACUUCUGGAUAUUCGGCGCGUGGCGCGAGGUGGUGGUGGACGACCGGCUGCCGACGUGCAGCGGCCGCCUGCUGGGCUCGGCGCCCGCGCACCACACCGACUUCACGCUACCGCUGCUAGAGAAAGCCUACGCCAAUGCGCGGUGUGCAGUGUGGCGUGCGCGCAGGCUGUACGGGUCGUACCGGGCGCUGCGCGGCGGCAGCACGGCGCGCGCGCUGCAGGACCUCACGGGCGGCGUGGUGCAGAGCUUCUCGCUGCGCCAGCAGCCGCGCGCGCUCACCUUCCAGGUGCUCAACUCAGCCGUGCCGCGCUCCACGCUGCUCGUGGCCACGGGCGGCGCCUCCUCGGCCGCGUCCGCCGCCGUCACCGGGCUGGCGCGCGUGCGCGGCGCCGCGCCCGCCGACGGCGCGCUCGUGCGCCUGCGCGCCGUCGGCGGCGCCGCGCCGGCCCCGCGCUCCGCCCGCGCCUGCCACGCGCUGCCCGCCGCCGACCGCGAUCUGCUCGAGCAGCGCGCCGACCACCCUGACGACUACUGGUUGUCGUUCCCCGAGUUCACGCGGUCGUUCAGCCAGCUGGAGCUGGUGCACGUGGGGCCCGACGACUGGAUGAGCGAGCCGGCGCUGCGCAGCAGGCGGCCCUGGCGCGCCGUGCUCGCGCGCCGCCGCUGGCGCCGCGGCUACAACGCCGGCGGCCCGCCCUCCUGCCGCGAGACGACGGGCACCAACCCGCAGUUCCACGUGCAGAUCCCGCACGCGGAGGCGGGCGGCGCGCGCAAGUGCCACGUGGUGGUGUCGGUGACGCAGCAGUACGCGGCCGCCGCGCCGCAGCGCCUGCACGCCAUCGGUUUCGCCGUUUACGAGCUGCCGGCGGGGGCGGCGGCGGCGCCGCGCCGCGCCGGCCGCGCCGCACUGCACGCGCUGCGCGCGCUCGACGUGACGCACGAGUCGCGCGCGCGCGAGGUGGUGACGUUCUUCACGCUGCCGCCGGGCCAGUACCUGGUCGUGCCGCACACACGCCGCCCGCACACCGACGCCGCCUUCCUGCUGCGCAUCCUCACCGACCACCACGCCGACGUCUGGGAAGUGAAUGAAGACAACAUGAUCAUUCGCAAUAUUUCGGAGGAAUUUCUGGAUAACGAGGAAGCAAUACCGAUGUACCUAGUAACGAGUGGUACCUACUAUACUGUGUGGUGCGGUGCGCAGGCGGAGCUGCGGGCGAGCGUGUACAAGCUGCUCGGCAAACGAGAUGUCGAAGAGGUGGACGCGGCGCUGGUGCGCGCGGCGCUGCGCGCGGCGCUGGCGGCGCGCGCGUCGCCCGCGCUGUGCGGCGCGCUGGUGGCGCUGCGCGACGCGGGCGCCAGCGGCCGCAUGCGCGCCGCCGACCUGCCCGCGCUGCUGGCGCAGGUGGCGGCGUGGCGCGCGGCCUGGGCGGCGCUGGCGGCGCCGGCGCGCGCGCUGUCCUCGUACCGGCUGCGCGCGCUGCUCUACGCCGCCGGCCUCACCGCCUCCAACAAGGUGCUCGAGUGCCUGGUGCUGCGCUACGCGACGCGCGCGCGCCUGUCCGCCGACGCCAGCCUGCUGGCGCUCGCGCGCCUGCACCUCGCGCACCAGCGCCACCGCGCGCUGCGCCGCCGCCUGCGCGACCACGCGCUCUCGCUCGAGGAGAUGAUCCUGAUGACCAUCUACACGUGAGGGCGCGCCGCACGUCCGUCGCCGGGGCGACGAGGAUGCGCACCCUACGACACUAAAUUGUUGAUACUCUGUUGUUGUUGAUUCCUGAUCGUUGAGUUUUAUAUACCUAUUUAUGUAGCUAUUCGAUAAAAUUUGUCGGCCGCCGGUGUGGCUGGUUGCUAAAGAGCGUUGGCGGCGGCGACCCAGUAUACGGCCAGCGAUACGCGCGCCGCCACCCGCUACGUGUACCUACUGUUACUACCGCACCGGCUCGCGAGAUAGAUUGUAACAUAAGGUACAUUAGGUACACGAGUUCUUGUAAAUAAAUACCCUCUCAGUAUUUAUCUACAAUACUUUGUUAUAUUGCUAUGCAGCGACCAAAGAAUUCACCCGCUCCACUAGACCGGAUCAUUCACAGUACAAAACUCUAUUCAAUAGAUAUUUAUUUAACUUCUGAAGCCAUCCUGGUUUCUCUUUAGAAGAGUAUGAAUUGUGAUAUAAUUUUUAAUGUAGAAUAUUUUUUUUAAAAAUGUUUUGUUAAAUUAUUUAUAUAUCUAUUUGUAAUCACGUAUACUAUUUCAAUGAAUACGGAUCGAACAUGUGCAAUUUAAUAUAAUAUACUUAGUCCUUUAAUGUAAAUUUCUUUAGUCAUAGAGCUACUACGUAGACAAGACGGAUAGCUAGAUACCGCGGACUGCCGCGCUAAAAGUCCGUAGCGCCAGACACUCGAGCCUCACUGCCUAGAGCGAGCAUGUAAUGUGCGCGUGCGCACCUGAUUCACAUUUAAACCGACAACGCACGAGAAAAACUAAUCGAGUGUACUGUUGUCCUCCGAAACAAAUACUAAAUUAGUCGAACGCGCGGACAUAACUACCUACCGGUGUAGGCUGCUCUUAUAAAAUAGUUUCCUUCAGGUCUUUUAUUUUAUAAUGAAAUUACCUAUAUUAUUUUAUACCAAAUAAAAUAUACAUAAAUAAUCAAAA